AUGGCAAGCCCCGUAAUUCAGCACACCCUGUUCCAGAUUCUGAUUCGGUUUCGCUCAUACCCGGUAGCCAUCACUGGAGAGAUUUGUAAGAUGUACCGUUGUGUCAAGGACAAGCUGCAAGUGUACAAACUGGACACCGUCACUUAUGGCACGAAGCCUGCAUCAUUUCUGGCUGUGCGGGCUAUGCAUCAGCUGUCAAGAGACGAGCAUUUUUCGUUUCCGCUUGGGGCUGAGGUUAUUCAGCGUGACUUUUACGUAGAUGAUCUGAUAUCUGGAGCCCAGACCGUGGACGAGGCUAUCAUCAUUGUAGAUCAGACCUCUAAAAUUCUGUCCAGAGGAGGCUUUAAACUUAGGAAGUGGUGCUCAAACGUUCCAGCGGCUUUGUGUGGAGUGUCUGACGAAGAUAAGGAGUUAUAUUUGAAGUUUGAUGACGGCACUGACUUUACCAAAACUCUGGGUUUAGCCUGGGAUCCUGCUUCUGAUCAGCUCUUGUUCUCUUUUUCUAUCUUGCAGUCAACCUCAAGUCCGUGCAGGCGAUCUGUCCUGUCUGCCAUUGCACGUUUUUAUGAUCCUCUUGGAUUGGUUGGACCGGUGAUAGCAAAAGCGAAAAUUUUCCUUCAGCAAUUGUGCAAGGAAAGGUUAUCCUGGGAUGAAAGCCUUCCUGAGGCUCAGAACACGCAAUGGAGUUCAAUAUGCAGGAGUUUCGUGCAAAUCAGGCGUUUGGGUUUCCCUCGGCUAGUGCUUUCUCCAAAUUCAGAGAUUCAGGUUCAUGGAUUUUGCGAUGCCAGCAUGGAAGCAUACGGCGCCUGUGUCUACAUCGUGUGCAGUGGACAGUCGCGGUUGCUUUGUUCAAAGUCAAGGGUUGCUCCCUUGAAGACACUCACCGUGCCCAAGCUGGAGCUUUGUGGAGCCGGUCUCUUAUCUAAGCUCAUCUCAGAGGUAGCUGGCACCAACGUAUUCAAGGGACAGUAUUAUUGUUGGAGUGACUCUGCGGUUGCGCUGUCCUGGAUCCGAGACGAGCCCUCCAGAUUCAACAUGUUUGUGGCAAACCGAGUUGCUGCCAUUCAAGAGCGAACCGAUUCGAUGGAGUGGCGUUACGUUCCAACUUCUUUGAAUCCGGCUGACAUUCUCUCCCGAGGUGUCCUUCCCACUGAGCUGAGCGAGUCCCCUGUCUGGUUUAAUGGGCCGGCAUUUCUUUGCAGACCCAAGUUUGACUGGCCUUCCCCAAUCCUUGCUGAGAAGUCAACGCUUGAGCUUCGUCGAAAGGUCCUGUUAAUAAAAUCACCAUACGUAGAUAUCGUAGCCUGUUCCAAAUUUGCAAAUUCCUUCGCGGCGCUUCAAAGGAUUUUCGGAUACGUCUGCAAAUUUAUUAAUCGCAUUCGGCAGCCGGAUCUUAAGGUGUCGGAUAUCCAAAGCGGUACUCAGUUAUUGCUUCGGCUGGUUCAGCUUUCUCAUUUAUGGGAAGACAUAAAAUCCUUGCAGUCUAAGGGAGUUGUAGCCCCAUCUAGUUCGCUUGCGUCUCUAUCUCCUUUUAUCGAUCAUUUUGGGUUUCUUAGAGUGGAUGGCCGACUAAAAAACUCGUCGCUGGAUUUCAAUGGGCGUCAUCCAAUCAUAUUGCCACGGAGCCAUCCUGUCACAGCCGCCGUCAUUACUCACUUUCAUGAGCGUAAUCUGCACACUGGACCUCGGGCCCUACUCGGCAUAAUUCGAUCCCAGUAUUGGCCUAUUGGGGGGAGAAAGACAGUGAGCAAGGUCUUGAACAAAUGCGUCAGAUGCUUUCGAACGAAGCCUCGAUUAGUCGAGCAUGUAAUGGCGGAUCUCCCAAAGGAGCGAUUGGAUGGAUCGCAUGCAUUUGAAGUCACUGGCAUUGAUUUUUGUGGGCCAUUCUUUUACAAACCGGAAGUGCGAAAUAAGGCCCCAGUGAAAUGCUACGUUUGCGUCUUUAUCUGCUUCGCAACAAAGGCCAUUCACUUGGAGUUGAUCAGGGAUCUCUCAACAGUAUCAUUUCUGCAUGGCCUCAAGAGAUUUAUAUGCACCAGGAGAAGACCGCGGCUGAUUUGGUCGGACAAUGCAACCAACUUUGUCGGUGCACGCAAUGAGCUGCUUGAGUUAAGACGCUUGUUCCUCAGCGACGAGCAUCAGAAAGCGACGUUGGACUUUUGCCUAGCGGAGCUUAUUGAUUGGCGCUUUAUUCCUCCCAGAUCGCCGCAUUUUAGUGGUCUCUGGGAAGCAGCGGUGAAGACGGCGAAGUACCAUUUCUACCGCGCUAUUGGACCUUCAGUGCUGGCCUUCGACGAGCUGCGGACUCUUCUGUGCCAUAUUUCGGCAGUAGUUAACUCUCGGCCUUUAGUCUCAAUUUCAGAAAAUCCCGCUGAUCUGGAUGUGCUAACGCCAGCCCACUUUCUGAAUGGUGGUCCACCAUCCUCAUUCAUCGAGCCGGAUGUGACCGCCCUUAACUUCAAUCCGUUGGAUGGAUGGCAACGUGUGGCCUAUUUGCAGAAAGCAAAUAGGACCGUAAAGACGAUGAUCGCCCAGUUUGCAGGGGGCGACCAAAGGACGUGGGACGAAAAAUGGCCAGAGUUACAGCUGGCCGUCAAUACCAGUGUGGCGGAGUCCACUGGGUACUCGCCAGCAUUCGUCACCCAAGGUCGAGAACCCCGACUCCCGAAGGCGCUAUAUGAUGAACACACGAUCGGGACCGGCAAAGCCACGCAAACACCAAGUGAGAACGCACAAAAAUUAUCAGAAAUUUUUCAGUUAGUAAGGCGUAACAUGGAAAAGGCGGCGCAGGAUCAGGCGCGCCAUUACAACCUGCGCAGGAGGCCAUGGACCCCAAGGAUUGGCGAUAAGGUCUGGGCCAAGGAGCACCACCUGUCAAAAGCAGUGGAAGGCUUCGCGGCGAAAUUGGCCCCCAAGUAUGACGGGCCAUUUACGAUUGUUGAUUUUGUUUCCCCGGUGAUAUGCAAUUUGCGCCACUGCAUGAGUGGCAAGGAAAAAAGGUGUCACAUUAGUGAGUUAAAACCAGGCUCUGAGGGGAAACAAUGA